AAAACAAGCGGCAGGCUGCCCGCCGUUCCCGCGUAACGUGGGCUUUUCUCCGUCGAGUUUCGACGAGUGAGAGCGAGAUCGCGCGGCGAGAAGGCGAGACGAGGGGGCGAACGAGAGCCGAGACCUCGUAGCGUGAUUCCCGCGAUGCUCGUGGCGCGAAGGUGAAGGUGCGCGGUGAUCGCCCGAGGUGAGACCACUUUGAACGGUGACGGUGACGCGAGGCGCAGCAGAUAUAAUAGCGCGAAAGGGAGAAAAAAAAAAGCGAUAACGUUCGAUAACACGACGCGCGUUAAGUUCAUUGAACCCUUUCGCGAAUCUGAGGCGUGGAGAGCCGAGGCUGAUGCGAGCCAAGUGUUUCGCACUUGAGAGCGUGCCGGAUCCGCGGAGGCUGCCGCCGCGUAGGGCGACGAUGAUGCGCGUCGUCGACUGAUUUAUACGCGCGCGGAUUCCGCGCUCCACGCGUAUCGAGUACCAAGCGUCGUUUUUCGCGCGAGCAAUUGUAUUACCGUCGCGCCGUGACAUUCACGAAGGGAACUGUCGUUGUUGUUGUUGUUGUUAUAUGUGCUCUACCUUAAUUUCUGGAGACCGUCCUCGAUACAUCUCUGUCCAUUCAUCGCGCGUAUGUUCGUCCUACGUGUGCUGUGUGUAGUUUCCGGUGCAGCUGUAUGUGGUGCCGAGAAAGAUUGCGACAGCUGCAUGCCUGAAGUGAGGGUUGCACGCCGUGUCUUUGUUGCAUAGUGCAGUGUGUGUUUGGGAGCUUUUAAAGCCGAUUGCAUGUGGGUCACGAGUUGCAUUCGUUCCGGCUUAAUGAGAUAGAAGGUUCGCCGUGCUAAGAGGAAUAGAAAAUGUGGAGCUCGGUUACCGCGGCUGGCACUGAGAACGGGCCAGCACCACCUUCGAGGAGCAAGCACAGUGCCACCUUACUUGCCGGUCACGUAUAUCUUCUUGGUGGCCGAAAUGGAAAUCUACCUCUCAAGGACCUCUGGCGGUAUAGCCUUGCGGAGAGCAAGUGGGAAGAAUUGCAUCCGGGUGGCGAAAGACCGCCGGCUCUCCAGGAACACAGCGCGGUGGCGUAUAAGGAUUGCCUCUACGUUUUCGGCGGCGAGCUGGGCUUCUCCGCCGGAACGGAAACGCCACUCUGGGUUUAUAACGUCAAGACAAAUAUCUGGAGGAAGGUGAGAUCUCAACGGGGUUGCGUGGUUCCUAGAGGUCGAAGAGGCCACACCGCCUUGGUACAUCGCGGACAGAUGCUCGUAUACGGUGGUUAUCAAGAUUUACGUGGAAGCUCCUCUGAACUGUGGGCUUUCCAUUUUGAAACUGAAUCUUGGCAUCUGCUUUCGUCGAGCGAAAACGGACCGGCUGCGAGACACAAGCAUUCAGCGGUUUUGCACUGUGACGCAAUGUAUAUUUACGGCGGGAUGACGGAUCUUCAAGAGAGGAAUGACUGCUGGCGAUGGGACGUCAACAGCGCUUCGUGGUCCAUGCUGAAGAACAAACCAGGCCCUGGACCUCUUCAUGGUCACGCGGCGUGCAGGUUGCCAAGUUGUAUGCUAAUCUUUGGCGGGGAAAGUGGCGGUUUGGCGACAAACGAGCUUUGGAGAUUUCAUUUCGGCACAGAAACUUGGGAGAAGCUAUCAGUGCCAGGACCAAAACCACAGCCGAGAGCUGAAAGCGUCGCACUCGCUGUAUCCGAGCUGGUAAUUCGCGGGACAAGUAUAGACAAUUCGAAACUGAGGCCGAGAAGUCAAAGACCCAGGCUCGCGAGCAACAGAAUAUCGCCAAACGAGGCGCCCUCCGCCAGACCCAGCUUUCUCAGGGAAAUUUCAAAAUUAUCGCAAAUAAAUCUGUCGAGGCUCAGUCAUCCGACGAAGUGCAGUUAUUCGGUUCUCAGCGGACACGACGACAACGAGGAAAGCCCCCAGGAGGCCUGCAUGCAGGCAAACACGUAUUAUCCUUUUCAGCAAGUGGACGUCGAAGUGAUCGAACCCUCCACGGGAAUGGUGAAGUCUCGCAGUGCCAACACGCUAGCCCGCCGAAGACAAAAAGCGUCCGAGGGAACGGCGAGGACCAUUGACAUUAGCAAUACUAGCAAUACUUCUGGUAUGACCAGAGAUCCUAUUUCGGUGCCAAACUUUCGUGCUUUGACGUUACCAACUCCUGUUCUCACGCCUGUAGAGGCUGCCAGAUUGGUCUUCGUUGAUCCGGAUGAGAACAGCGACGGUGAAGAGCGCAAGGAACCGCCCACGUCGAGGCUGAUCGAGGUUCAAGAGGAAAGACGAGAUUUUGCAGCGGUGCACCAAGCUUGUCAGCCCACCCGCGGCGAGAGUUACAGUUCACAUCUCUAUGAAGCCGCUCUGCAAACGCCAAAAACUCCGACGACGACGAAGAUCCCGACUUCCGCUUCCGUUCGAUUCGCCGACCUCGAAGAAGGCGAGGAAUCGACAUCGGAUUACGCGAGUAUCGAGGCGAGAAGUCCAGGUGACCCGCUCGCGGAUGACGACUGGGUGUCCGGAAGAAGAUCGAAGCCGCACAGGCCGAUUGUCUCCUCCUCGACGAUACGAGAGGGCCAAUUCGGUUUCUGUAAUCCGAACUACCUCGGGCUGGACGAAACGAAAUCUGGCCAUCAUCAUCAGCACCAUCAUCAGCAGCAGCAACAGCAGCAGCAAGACGGAAAGUAUGCCAAGUUGCUUAACAGUCCGCCCGAUAGUGUCUUGGAGGACGAACCUGGAAGGUCAGCUUCGCAAACAUUUGCGGAACUCUUGGAGCUUCAGGAGAUCAAGAGGGUGCCCCGAGCGCCACCGAAGAGCCUGCCGUUGGGUUCACCGUCGAGAAGAGCGGUAAGCGCGUCAAGGGCCGAGAGGCAGAGGGCAAAGGUGGCGGCGGUGGAUGCGACCGACGCUAAAACACCUAUCUACGGCCCGGCACCCUUGUACGUUUUUUUAGUCGGCGGCAAGGAAAAGGGUCAAGUCACGGUGUUCGCCAGGCCGGUCUCUCUUUGGAAGCUACAGCUGGCGCCGCAUAUCUUCUAAGGAUGAUUGAUGGUCCACUAAGCUGAGUCAUCCGCGCACUGUUAGUGAUAAGAAGAAGCACGAGGGAGAGAAGUGUUCGUGCAGUCCAAUUUAUUUCUACAAGUUGCUGUGGUGUUUUACAAAUAUUUCUUGAUGGUAAAUGCUGAAGAGAUCGAUUUUUUUCGACGUUUAUCCUCAUAUUCAUUUUUUUGAUUAUUAUUAACAGUAAAGUUGAUUUACAUCGUUAAUUUUAUAUAUGCGUUCUACGUUACAGAGCGAAUAGGUCUUUUGUAUAAGAUUGGUUGUAAUUGUUGACGUCUUACGUUCGUUAAAGUUUGUUAGUUACUAUUACCAUUUGCGUCAUAUCUUCUACGUUGUGAUUGUCAACGUCGAAACAGAUCGAAAGAAAAGUAUCGUGUAGCAUGCCAAAACGUAGCCAUUGUUUCCGACAAAUGCCAGCAUUGUAUUACAAUGCGCAAUAUAUAUUUGGAGAAGUCAUUUUAAAUAUAUUAAAUUUUAUCGUGCAGAAAGUAAUCUAUAAUAACAUAAUCGCUGGUUAGGUGAGAAAUAUAGAAAUCUUCACUUUUGUUUUAAUGUGCCGAUAGAUAGAUGAAUAAAUAGGUAAUAAUAAAUACGUAUCUAUAACAUCAUCAUUAAAUUUAUAAGAAAUUAUUACGUCAUUUCGUUCUUUUUAUCGCAUUUUCUAUUUUACAAUUUGUAAUUUGUUAAUGACAAUUUAUCGAUUUAUUGAUAUUUAUUUAUGAUUACAUACAUAAUCAUAAAAAAUGUAAAAAGUUAUAUCUAGAUUUUUAUCUUUUAUUUCUUUACAUAAAAGAUUAACAUUCUCUUAUUUAACUCGGUAACAAACACGUUAAAUUAAUAUUCCUACUGUAUGUACAACGUGUGUGUUUAAAGUAAAGCCACGAAAUACACGAUAUUGCGAAUCGUGAGUUCAUAUUGAACCGGCCGAUUCGUGUGUUCUCAAUGUGAGUUUUGUAAAAAGAUAAAUGUCCAAGAAGCGCAGAUCAAGUCAGCGAUUAAGAAAAUUGCACUAAUCUUCAAUAAUAAUUACUGUUAAAUCUUCGAUUUGCAUUGUGCCGCAAUCCUACAUUUAUUACUGCAUCCAUCUUUCACUUUACAAUACGUAAUACAUUCGUAGGAUACGAGAAGAUAUCAAUAAGCUCCCCGAUCGCCAAAACUUCGAAUUAUUUGCAGGUAAGCAUCUGCAAAAUCGACUGGCCUGAUCUGCGCUCAACUGCCAUCGAAUAUGAAAAAUUCAAUAUGCGUAAAAUAUGGAAUAAAAUUAAUGUCGGCUGCGUAAAUGCUUAAAAUAUUGUAGAAUCGGAGAGAUAUACAUGGUAUUUUAUCAUUUGCGUCUAUUACAUACUGCUGUUCCUUAGGAAAAAGAGCGCAGAUUAGUUAGACGUUAUUUAACAAUACCUCUUCUGUUAAAGAGAAAAACAAUGCUUCAAGACUUUUUGACUCGUUUUUUUCAUUAAGAAACAGCAUGUAAUUAGUAAAUGUGAGUUAUAAAAUCUCCCAUAUAUCAUUCAAAAAUUACGGCCGUCCCAUGAUUGUUUCACUAUAGAGAUUAUUACUGAUCCGAUUCUUCUAUAUUCUGCAGUAGAUAGAUUUUUAUAAAAAAAUUUUAACUUAUUGUUCUCAAUGACUGGAAAACAACCAAAGAAGAACAUGCGAGAGAUCUCAAAAUAAUAAUGUUGCAUAUGCGUGUGUAUUAUCGGAAAAUUAGCGAUAAUUCCCAUUCGCCAAUUUUAUGUAAAAAAAAAAAUAAUAUUUCAAAGAUGCCAAAACAAUGUUUUAUAUCUAAAUCGCUCCCAAAUGUUCGCCCGCUAACAGCAUUUUAAAUAUUCUUUCUGUGCAAUUUAAUAAUUUCAAAAUGCGAUAAAUAAAACUUUAAAUUCCACAAUUGUACCCUGCAUAAAAUCUUUUAUUCAAAAAUAGUGUUUCGCAUUCACGAGAUUUUAUUAUGAAUUUUGCUUUGCAAAAAUCUCGGAUUGAAUCGUGGCCAAUUAACUUUUCAGUGCGAUAUUGAGAAUAAAAUCAUGAAAUCUUGUAUGCCUCUGAAUCCGAUAACAAUUAGCAGAAGAAAUGAAUCUUUUGCGAUGGUUCGUAUUCAUUUAAAUGCCUCUUAUUGCUAUUGAAUGUGAAGAAUGUUUAGAGUCAAGUGAAUUCUUUUAAAUGCGAGAGUUAAUAUUUAAAAUAAAUUGAAUUCUCAAAAAAAACAGAAUUCAGGAGAUAUUUAAUUGAAUCUAAUUUAAUAUCUUCUGAAUUCUGCUUUUUGCAAAAUGUCAAUAUUUUUUUAUUCUUUUCAAUCCGACGUUUUAGUGCAGGGUACACAUUAAGUACACGUUAUGUACUUCAUUAGUAUCGUUAUUAUAUUAGGAUAAACUAACGCAGCAGAGCACAAUUAUUUUAAACAGCACUUUUUUUAUAGAGUGCGAGAAUUUGGGAGUUACUGUAAAAGCAUAGAAGAAAGGUUGUGUUUUGAGAGACUAUAAGUCACUACUGCUGACGUCAGCGGACUCGUGUCGAGUUGUUGCAGAAUUGCGAAUCGAUCAAAUCGAAAGUCUUUGCCGUGAUUGUAUCUAUUAUCGUAGUAAGUUAGUUUUUAGUGAGCGUAUUGUAAGUAGAGCAGAGACGAUGGGCGAAAGGAGCUCUCUUGUUCGUGUAGAAUUUUUAUGCCCGUAAAGGCCCAACACAUGUAAUCCAUCCAUAAGUAGUUAAGGUCGACGUGGCUUUUCAAUAGGCUAGAUAUUGAGAGAUGCUUGUAUUAUACCGUUGAUCUUCAAUGACGCGCACGAAAUAAUCUCUCUCUGAUUUUCUGUUAUAUAUUAUUUAUAUUAUUUAUCGUUUAUUCAUCAUGAAAUGAUGACGCAAUAUGAGACGAACGGAUAACAAUUUUUAGCGAUUGUGUUACCGGGCGAGUGCAAUAACUAGGAUUAUUUACGAGUUCGAAGGAAUCGCAAUUAAAUCGACUAAAAAUGAAGAUUUAUUACAAACAUCUCUUAACCGAUGCAAAGAAGGAGUGAGUUAUAUUGCAAACUUUAGGACGUGCGAUCACUGUUUAAUUACGAAAGUUUAGUAGAUACCCAAAGGGUUGCUCAAAGGUGGGGUCGCUUUUUAAGCAAAAGGGUCUCCUGAUAUCUAGUCUCGGGCCUCGAAUACCCGAAAAAAAUCAAUGUUUUCCAUUCGUAGAGCUAGUCAAUUACAUUCUCAGUGUACAAAAUUUGAGCUAAAUGUUUUCGUACUAUCUCUUUCACUUUAACUGUGCAUUUACCCUCGUAUAGACAUUUUAUCCCUCCUCCCGCCGAUUCUUUGCGGCUUUUUGUUUCUUGUAGCUAGUGAGUCAUCCACAUUACCGUAAAGCUGUUUAUACUUCAUGGUACGCAUUUUUAUUUCUAUAAUCAUCCAAUCACGAAUAACAAUUUCGUAUACAUGUUCUUCCUCACGACCAUCUGAACACGUAACACAAAACAAAUUACCUGCAAUACAAUCUAGUUUUGGAGGACAGAGACGAGUAAUAAAUUUUACAUUGCAUAGGAAUCAAAGAAGCGGAAAUAAAUGACAUUAGCGUACUCUUUGUAUAAGCUUUGAACGCGCCCGUCGCGAAUGUUGCCGUACAAAUUAAAAGUGGCAAUUUCUACAGAGCUCCAUAUUUACAGAGCGCAGUAUUUUUUCAGAAACCAAACUUUUGAGAGAUGGAUCUUGCUCUUAAUUAUUUCUGUAUGUUUAAUAUCAAGACAAUAUAUACACGAAUGUAUUACAUGUGAGACGGAGCAUCGAAAAUACACGAUUGAUCACGCAGAGAUAUACAUAUUUUUCAAAACAGUAAUUGAAAAUCGCAACAAGUGCAAGCACAAAUAUUAAGGGAAACGCAAUAGAUCGAUAUUUUUUUAACAAGUCUUGCGAACUCUUCAUUUUAUUAAAAGUACACAAAAAAAGAGUUUUGCUAAAAAAUUUAUCUAAAUAGAGAUUUAAAAAUAAUUUUUUAUUGGAUCAUAAGAAUAAUUGUGUAGAAUGUUCAAGCGUGAUUAUUAGUAAUCAUGCACAGCAAAAAGUUUUGACAUUCUAGCAAUCAACUUAAACCUACAUGAUUAUUUUGAUGACAUCUUACAAAAAUUAAUUUUUACAUUUGCAACUUGAGUUUUAGAUUCUUUAGAAAAACUUUUUUUCUUUUUCAUGUACUUCUGUGAUGAUAUUUCCGGUGCUUGGUACAUAUGUAACAUAGGCAAUUUGCUAUGUACGUAGCUAGCUAAAUCAUUAUGCGAGUUUUACUCUACUGGAUCGGGCGAUGUGUUUGGACGUGUUUAUACAUAAUGUACGCGAGCAUAAUUGAUGUUGCGUUCAUUACCCUUUCCUACAUGAAUGUCGAUGCGAAGGUACGCGCCUGAUGAAUCUGGGCUCUUUGGUUCUUGUAUAAUUAAUCUAUGAUUCGUAAUCAUCAGUAAUGCGUUUAGUUCAUUACCACAUUGUAAUUAAUGUAACAGUUAUUAAUGGAACAGUAUUACUAUGAUUAGAAAAUAUACUAUAUAUAAUUCGAUAAUA